AUGUCUAUCCUUAGUCCUACACCGAUGGCUCAAGGAAAUAGGACAAAGGCAAGUGAGUUUAUCCUCAUGAGCUUCUCUUCGCUACCUACUGAAAUACAGUCAUUACUCUUCAUGACGUUCCUGAUCAUUUACCUUGUUACGCUGAUGGGAAACAGCCUCAUCAUUUUGGUUACCUUGGCUGAUUCUAUGUUGCAAACCCCCAUGUACUUCUUCCUGAGAAACUUGUCCUUCUUGGAGAUUUGCUUCAACCUAGUCAUUGUACCCAAAAUGCUUGGGACUUUGCUUGCCCAGGACACAACCAUCUCCUUCCUUGGCUGUGCUAUUCAGAUGUACUUCUUCUUCUUCUUCGGAGUGGCUGAAUGCUUCCUCCUGGCCACCAUGGCAUAUGACCGCUAUGUAGCUAUCUGCAACCCCCUCCACUACCCAAUCAUCAUGAACCAAAUAACCUGUGCCAAACUGGCUGCUGCCUCCUGGUUUCCUGGCUUCCCAGUAGCUACUGUGCAGACCACGUGGCUCUUCAGUUUUCCAUUCUGUGACACCAAGGUGAACCACUUCUUCUGUGACAGUCCACCGGUGCUGAAGCUGGUCUGUGCUGACACAGCAAAGUUUGAGAUCUAUGCUAUCGUCGGAACCAUUCUGGUUGUCAUGACACCCUGCAUGCUGAUCCUCUGCUCCUACACGCGCAUUACGACUGCCAUCCUCAAGAUCCCCUCCGCUAAAGGGAAGCGAAAAGCCUUCUCUACCUGCUCCUCCCAUCUUCUUGUUGUCUCCCUUUUCUAUGUAUCUUCGAGCCUCACUUACUUUAGACCUAAGUCUAAUAAUUCUCCUGAGAGCAAAAAGCUGCUCUCAUUAUCCUACACUAUCUUGACACCCAUGCUGAACCCCAUCAUCUACAGCUUGAGGAACAAUGAGGUCAAGAAUGCUCUCAGUCGGACCUUCCGCAAGGCUAUAAGUCUCAGAAACUGCAUUCUGUAA